UGUCCGGCUCCGGUGUCCCCUCCUCCUGUCUUGCCGGAGCUGGUGGCUGUGUCUGUGUAUAUAAGUCCAGACGAUGCGGGCCCGCUGAGCUCCGGGAGGAAGAUGCUGCCGCUCGGUCUGAUGCUGCUGCUGCUGCUGCUGCUGCUGCCGCCGAACGCCGGUACCGACCUGACGGCGACCGGUGCUGAGCCGCUCCGCGGGCCGGGGCUCGGCUUCUCCACGCCGGUCCCCGCCUCCUCCUCCGCCCCGACGCUCCUCCUCCCCCCGCAGCCCGCGGCGGAAUACGGCGCCCCCGGUGUAACUUUGGCCAGGUCCGCGGCGGAGGAACCGGCCGGUCCAGGACAGGAGGAGGAGGAGCAUCAUCAUCACGGCGGCGGGUACCGAGUGGUCCAGUGGGAGUGGAGCUACGUCCAGACUCCUUACAUCAUCGCCAUCUGGCUCCUGGUGGCCAGCGUGGCCAAGAUCUUGUUCCACUUCUCUCAGCGCUUCACCACAGUCGUCCCAGAGAGCUGCAUGCUGAUCCUCCUGGGUCUGGUUCUAGGCGGGAUCGUCCUCAUAGCCAAUAAGAAGCAGUUGUACCAGCUAGAGCCCGCCCUCUUUUUCCUCUUCCUGCUGCCGACCAUCGUGGGCGAUGCCGGAUACUUCAUGCCGGCCCGGCUCUUCUUUGACAACCUGGGGGCCAUCCUGACGUAUGCCGUGGUGGGAACGCUGUGGAACGCCUUCUGCACUGGGUUCUGCUUGUACACCGCCAAACUGCUGGGGGUCAUAGAUGAGCGCGUGCAGGCCGACCUGAUGGACUUCCUGCUUUUCGGGGCGCUGAUCUCCGCCGUGGACCCGGUGGCGGUGCUGGCUGUGUUCGAGGAGGUUCAUGUCAACGACACGCUCUUCAUCAUCGUUUUCGGGGAGUCCCUGUUGAACGAUGCUGUCACCGUGGUUCUAUAUAAAGUCUACAUCUCCUUCGUGGAAGUGGGAGCAGCCAACGUGCUGACAGCAGAUUACUUUAAAGGAGUCGCGUCCUUCCUCAUCGUCAGCAUCGGGGGGACUCUGGUGGGUCUGGUGUUUGCCGUCAUCCUGGGCUUCAUUACUCGUUUCACUAAGAAGGUUCGGAUCAUUGAGCCGCUCUUCGUCUUCCUGCUUGUCUACCUGGCCUAUCUGACCGCCGAGCUCUUCUCCCUGUCUGCUAUUCUGUCUAUGACCUUCUGUGGCAUUGGGGCCAAUAAAUAUGUGGAGGCCAACAUUUCCCAGAAGUCUCGGACCACGGUGAAGUACACGAUGAAGACUCUGGCCAGUAUCGCUGAGACCAUCAUCUUCAUCUUCCUGGGCAUCUCAGCUGUGGACAAAUCCAAGUGGGCCUGGGACACGGGUCUGGUGUCCUGCACCCUCGUCUUCAUCUUCAUCUUCAGAGCCAUGGGUGUGAUUGGUCAGACCUGGGUCCUGAACCGCUUCCGUCUGGUCCCACUGGACAAGAUCGACCAGGUGGUGAUGUCGUACGGUGGGCUGCGAGGAGCCGUGGCCUUUGCUCUGGUGGUGCUGCUGGACGGCGAACAGGUCAAAGCCAAGGAUUACUUUGUUGCCACGACGAUUGUGGUCGUCUUCUUCACCGUCAUGUUUCAGGGUCUGACCAUCAAACCUUUGGUGAACUGGCUCAAAGUUCCCCGUUCCACUAACAGGAAGCCGACCAUCAAUGAGGAGAUCCACGAGAGGGCAUUCGACCACAUCCUGACAGCAGUGGAGGACAUCGCAGGGCUGCAAGGUUACCACCACUGGAGAGACAAGUGGGAGCAGUUUGAUAAAAACUACCUGAGUAAGCUGCUGCUGAGGAAGUCGGUGUACAGGAAGAGCGAGCUGUGGGAGGCCUAUCAGAAGAUCAACAUCCGAGAUGCCAUCAGUGUCAUCGACCAGGGAGGGAACGUCCUGACCUCAGCCAGACUCUCUCUGCCCUCGAUGGCAAGCAGAGCCUCGUUCCCUGAAGUCACCAAUGUCACGAACUACCUGCGUGAGAAUGGCAGCGGUGUGUGUCUGGACCUGCAGGUGAUCGAUAACAUCCCAGGAGCCAAAGUGGAAGAGGACACAGAGACGCAUCACGUCCUUGCUGAGAACCUGUACAAACCCAGGAGACGGUAUCAGUCCCACUACAGCCGCCAUUUCAUGCCUCUGGGGGAGAAGGAGCGUCAGGACCGGGAAGUGUUUCAAAGGAACAUGAAGAGCCGCAUGGAGACGUUUAAAUCCACGCGGUACAAACGACACAAGAAGGAGCGAAGCUUCAAGAAGAGGAGAGGAUCCGAUGCCAAAGAGGACGGCGGCGACAAACCCAGACGCAAUGUCAGCUGGCAGGACAAAGAUCCAGUGGUUGCUCCUGUGGCUUCUGAGGAGGAGAAGGCCGACCACUCUGACCCCGAGAAGGAGGAGGACGUGGGCAUCACCUUUGUGGCUCGAAAGGUUGAGACCCCCAAGCAGCGACCCAAAUCAGUUCCGGCAGCUCUGGAUGGAUGUCAGAGUCCGUCCCCCGCCCCUCUGUCCCCGACCGGUGGAGACAGCCACCUGCCCUGGAAGGGCGGCGUGGGCUCCCCCCCUCCCUGUGUGUCCGUGGAGGCCACCAAGAUCAUCCCCGUGGACCUCCAGCAGGCCUGGAACCAGAGCAUCUCCUCCUUAGAGAGCAUCUCAUCGCCGCCCGCCCCGCCCGAGCCCGUCCACCCCCGCGUGAGUGUGCUCUCCAAACUGGGGGGGCCCCGUCCGGUCUCCUAUACCCCACCGGGCAGCAUAGGAAGCAGCACCUCCUCCGCAGGAGCCCGAGUGUCACAGGGCUCGUUCUGCUUCCCGGAGAAGAACAGGAGGAGGAAGGAGGAGGAAGAGGAGGAAGAGGAGGAGGGCGGAGCAUUGCAGGAGAUGCAGCCGCUCAUGUCCCCCAUGAGGCUCCCUGGCAACCUGCCCCCCCCACCCCCAGCGCCCAGCUCCGCUCCGGGCUCUGGAAGGAGGAGGAACCCCUGCGUCUACCUGCGCAGCCUGGUGACUGCGACGCCCCCUGGCGGCGGCGACCUGCACAGCCGGGGCCCCACCCAGCUGUAACAGCAGGCCCCGGACCAGCGGAACACACACUGCUCUUCACCAGUCAGCAGCUUCGAGACACUUUCACACACAGAUGUCACGAGCGGCCAUGCUUCGAACCGUCCAACAGGAAACCAGCUCAGCUGAAGGAGUGUCCAUGCCUGCAGACACACAACGUGUCAGUGUGACACAGAGCUCCACGUGGAUCAGAGACCGACGCCAUGUGUCUGUAGGUGUGAACAUCAGUUCCUCCGUGCGAUCCAUCCAAUCACAGCCUUCCACAAAUUGCCUUUAAUUCUAUAGCCUCCAUCUGUUUUAUACGUCUUGUGUUUGGUGACCGGCGGCUUAGACCUUGUAAACGAGGUGAAACCAGACCUGUCAGACCUGCACAUCACCAGCUCAUGACAAACAUGAAGAAACCAGCAGGACUGAUGGUUCAGGUGGUUUAGGUCAGGCCAGUCUGGCGUUUCGUUCUUCUCUGUUUGUCUUCUUGUCAUUAAAGUCCGACCAACAUGAUCAAAACACUCUUCACUUUAAAAACACCUCAUAGGUUUAUAGUUCCACCCAACUGCUGCUAACUGUAAUAAAUGUGUAGUAAUGGGAGGUGAGCGUUGAACUGUUUCAGUAGUUGCUUGGUCCACCUCUGGUCUCAGUCAUAUGAGAAGCAGGACAGUGAAUGCGUGAAAGCACCUGUUAGUGCUGCUUGAAACAUAAUAAUAAUUCAUUAGAUCCUCCUGCUCAGUAACUAUAGCUAAAUGCAGCUGGAGCAGAGAAAAAUCCGCUGAGUCAACAUGAUGGUACACAGCUGCUUUUCUUCAGGUGGUGCAGAGUCUAGUCUGUCUCACACAGUCAAUCAAAUGUAGUAAUGGUGAUUUGGUGGGACAGCUCUGCUUUCAUCUAACCUGGGUCCCCAUCAUUCCUGCUUCUCACAGUAAGCACAGUGCCCAUUAUUUCAGCUGUGUGCUGUGUGUAUGUUUAUGUACUGCUUAAAUUCUAGCACAAACAAAGAAAACCAUGAAACUGUCUGACCCUCCGUCACCGCUAAUCUGUUGAUUAUAGCGGAGAUAUCUAUGACUUGGACCUGCCUUACACUGCUGUGUAACCGGUCUCUGUUAGUGUUUGGUUGAGUGGAAAGAUAAGUUUGGUGUUUGUUGUCUCAUGUUUAACUGUCUGCAGCAGCUCGAGGUCAACAGAAAUCCAUGUGUGCACCACAGACAUCACUGAGCGUAGACACGCGUCCAGAGCCAAAUGCUUCUGUGCUUAUGGUGAAAGGUAGUGUUGGGAUGCAAGUCUAACAAAAGACAGAAGCCUUUAUGCCAACACAGAGCUGUUAGACUCAGGCAACGAGUUAGCAAUGACUUCUGGGUGAUUGCUGACUUCAUAUCUCCCCUUUAAUCCCCAAGUCAACAGACAAUAUUAAUUAGAAUAAAAUAAAAUUACAAUGUUAUUAUAGUAGCUAAAAUUCCAAAGUAGCCCAUUACCAGACCCUGUGAUUAAAGGAUAUUAAUAGUUAAUAUUGCACAUGGUAACACUGGGUUUGGUUUGGCUUUUAUCUGAAUAAUUACAAAUGUUUAGAGUAGUUAGAGUUUUUUUCAGUAAAUUAUCUUAGAAGACAUAAAGAUUGCUUCCUUUAAUAAUCCCUUACCUUCAGCGAGCCUUGUCUCCGUUGCCUUGUGAUAAGCCAGUGACUGUAGUGGCUCAAAUGUGCUGCUGCUUGUGGAACGAAUGACGGACACAAGCUUUAGUUUGGUCGAUGUUGACAACUCUGUGAAACCAGCUCUGUCUUUGUGCCAAAUGUUUGCUUCUUCCCAGUCAACAGUCAAUAAAUGUGAGCUGCGUUUUCUGA